CCUGCGCAGUCGACCGCUAUCCGCCGCUAAGUGGUAAAGAUGGCGUGUUCCGCUGCUCGCAGCUCCUCACGCUGGAUCACAGUCGCCGUGUCCUCCUGCCACAGACAUGCGGGUUUAUCGCAUAUCUCCCGCUGUCAUGGAGCCCACAGAAGUUUCUCGACGUUGUCAGGCCGACAGAUGUUGUCUGCAGGCGGCACGAAGAGCGCAGGAGAGCGCAAAGGCUUGACAUUGAAAGGCAUGACAGGUGUGGGCCCGUCUCAUAUCAUCUCUAAGCUGUCUUUUCACACCAGCGCUCCGGCUUACAAACAAGACUUCUACCAGAUAUUAGGAGUACCCCGCACAGCAACACAGAAGGAGAUUAAGAAAGCUUAUUACCAAAUGGCAAAGAAGUAUCAUCCGGACACCAACAAAGAAGAUCCACAAGCCAAGGAGAAGUUUGCACAGCUCGCAGAAGCCUAUGAGGUGCUCAGCGAUGAGGUGAAGAGGAAACAGUACGACACAUACGGUUCUGCCGGCUUUGACCCGGGUGCUGGUGCCGGACAUCAGCAUUACUGGAGCGGAGGGGCCAGCGUUGAUCCCGAGGAGCUUUUCCGCAAGAUUUUCGGGGAGUUUUCAGGAGCGCGAGGUUUUGGGGAUUUUAACGCCAUCUUUGAUCAGCCACAAGAGUACGUCAUGGAGCUGACGUUUGCUCAAGCCGCUAAAGGUGUGAAUAAGGAAAUCACUGUUAACAUUGAAACUACGUGUCAGCGCUGUGACGGCAGGGGACACGAGCCCGGCUCUAAAGUCCAGCACUGCGGAAACUGCAACGGCACCGGGAUGGAGACCGUCAACACGGGUCCGUUCGUGAUGCGUUCCACCUGUCGCCGCUGUGGUGGGCGGGGCUCGGUCAUCACCUCGCCCUGCACGGCGUGUCGAGGGAAGGGUCAGACCAAGCAGAGGAAAACCGUAAUGGUACCUGUACCUGCAGGUAUUGAAGAUGGGCAGACGGUUCGAAUGCCUGUGGGGAAAAAAGAGAUCUUCAUCACAUUUAAAGUACAGAAGAGUCCGAUCUUCAGGAGAGAUGGUGCUGAUAUUCACUCUGACGUCAUGAUCUCGGUCGCUCAGGCCAUACUGGGCGGCUCGGUCCGAGCACAGGGAUUAUACGAGACCAUCAAUCUCUCUAUCCCAUCUGGAACCCAGUCCGACCACAGGAUCCGUCUUUCCGGUAAAGGCAUCCCGCGUGUCAGUGGCUAUGGAUACGGCGAUCACUACAUCCACGUCAAGGUCAAAAUUCCCAAGAUGUUGACGGACAGACAGCGAGCUCUCCUCACGAGUUACGCAGAGGAUGAGACGGAUGUGGAGGGAACGGUCAGUGGAGUAACAAACACCACUUCAGGAGGGGGCGGUAAACAACCUGAGACAGGGCAGAACAGGACAGAUGAGGGGCAGGAACAGAAAGACGAGGGCUUUUUCUCCAGAUUAAAGAAAAUGUUUAGCAGCUCCUGACAGCCACACACCAGGGAAAAGAUCAGCUGAGAAUUGAGAGACUGUUAUGCCAAUGCAGAUGGAGAUUAACCACACAACCUGAGGAACAUGCAAAGAGGAACAGAGGAGCAAUGGGAUAUGUGUAGCUUCAACCUGAAGAAAACCUUUAAAAUAAACACAGAUGAAAACUAUGAAGCAGUCUGGACAGCAUCCUCCAACAUCACGAACAUGAAGAAAUAUACCUAUACCCUUAGAAGAAGAACCACAUGAUAUCAGUCAUAACACCAAUACAUGUCCAACAUAAGUCCUGUAAUUCUUUGAUAACUUUCUCAGAAGUCAUCUUUGGUUUUCUGGCAUUCUGAAAUGAAGAGCAGAUACUGAUUCACGUACAGUAAUAAAUGCUUGUUUCAGUCACUUUAUGAAUGAUAGUGGAUGGUAACCUCUCAUUUUAUUAAAACAUUUGUUUCCGUCCGGGCUCAUGUGUGCCUGAAUAUAACUGCUGUUACAGGCCAGCUAAUACACAUGUACAGUACAGUAGAGUAAAACUCAUAAUCUACUAUACAUGCAUUGGGUAAAACGCUUCAAUGAGAUCCAUCUGCUUCAUUAGGACUGUACAUAGACCACUGUUGAUAUUAAAGGUAAAAUAUGCAAUAAUUAAUAAAAUAUUGUAUGUGUGACCUGGAAAAA